CUUACCUCCUGGCCCCAGAAGUGUGCGCGCGCCGCUAAGAUGGCGGCUGCAGCGGGCCUGCAGCUUCUGCUUCGGCGCUUCUGCUGUUUGUUGCUUUUCCUCUCACAGUUCUACAUCUUCUCGGGCGGUGAGCAUUCGCAACCGAUGGCUCAGUCAAUAAAGGACCCGGGUCCAACACGCACAUUCACGGAAGUCCCCAGAGCAGCAGAAAGUACCGAAAUCCCACCUUACAUGAUGAAGUGUCCGAGCAAUGGUUUGUGUAGCCGACUUCCGGCCGACUGUGUCGAAUGCAAGACCAAUUUCUCCUGUGUCUAUGGGAAGCCUGUCGCUUUUGACUGCACAGUCAAGCCUUCUGUUACCUGUAUUAAUGAAGACUCCAGAUUUGGGAAGAACUUCAUCAUCAAUAUGACCUGCAGGUUUUGCUGGCAGCUUCCAGAAACGGAUUACGAGUGUUCCAACUCCAGCAGCUGCAUGACAGUGUCCUGCCCUCGGCAGCGCUACGCUGCCAACUGCACAGUGCGGGACCACAUUCACUGCCUCGGUAACCGUACUUUUCCCAAAAUGUUAUACUGCAAUUGGACUGGAGGUUAUAAAUGGUCUACUGCUCUGGCUCUGAGCAUCACCCUCGGUGGGUUUGGAGCUGACCGUUUCUACCUGGGCCAGUGGCGGGAGGGCCUGGGCAAGCUCUUCAGCUUUGGUGGCCUGGGAAUAUGGACGCUAAUAGAUGUUUUGCUAAUUGGAGUUGGCUACGUUGGACCAGCAGAUGGUUCUUUGUACAUUUAACUGUGGUUGUGAUAUGCUUCAGAGAGGAGCAGCUUAGAAAAAGUCCUUUUGCCUGUAGACAGUAACGUGACAUGUGGUGAUGUGUUUGUGUUUAACGUACAGCAUCUGUACUUUGCCUGCCUUAAUGAAGGUAAAAUAAGUAAGUCAUAGAACCAUGCUUAUUUGGAAUAUAUUUUUGCUUGCUUGAAAUAUUUUUUUUCUGUGAAAAAAUGUAAACUUGCUUAAUUAAACUAGAAGAACAGAUUGCGCAGUGAUUGAAAAUCCGUUUUGUUCCCAUGACUUUAGUUUUGUAUUGCUUAAGUCAAAGACUGUCACUUUUCUCUGGCCUGAAUGUAAUCUGCCUUGAAAGGCUCUUCAGCUGUGAUAGCAGAAAGUGCAGAGCAUUUUUAUUCUGUUAGCUAAAUACAGUUACCUACCUACACUUCAGCCAUCUGUAAGUUUUGCAGUGUAUUAUCUGUGUACCCUGGUCUUUAUCUGUAACUCAGGUAAGCUGCAGGACUUCUGUGUCUCCAGGCUGUAGUUUGAGUCUUGUUAGUGAUUUGAACAGUUGUACGACUACUGAAAAACUAAUAAAAUGACCUGUUACUUUAAGAAAUAUUGUAGGUGUGUAUCCUGUAGGUUUUCUGUAUUUAAAUAUUAUCUUGAAUAAUCAUAACAUCUUUAUUAUUAAGUGUUAAAUGUUUUUUUUUAGGACAUGACCCCAUUCCAACAGAAAUAUUCGUAAUUGGCCGGCUUAUUGACACAUGGUGGAAGUGUUAGAAAAAUGUGUCUUGCUGUCAAAAAUGGUUUUGAGUCUUUAUAAAUCUGUUGUAUACCCUUUAUUAGAAGGAAAAACAAUUAUUAAUGCAAAGUGGGUUUUACUCAGUGUUUCUCUUGAAACAUUUAAAAAUUCUUAGCAUUUUCCUUUCAGAUUUGGAUAUCUGAGUAUUGUGUAUGUGUGGUAAAAUAUAUGUAACAAAACAUUUGUCAUUUUAACCAUUUUUAAGUAUACAGUUCAGUGACAUUAAUCACAUCCACCAUGUAGUGCACCCAUCACCACCAUCCAUUUUCAAAUGUUGUCAUUCUCCUAAACAGAAUCUAAGUAUUAUGUUUUAAAUAUCUGCAUGUAUUAAUAACUGGAACACUGUUAACCAACCUAUUAGACCUAGAAGCUAUGAAAUGUUUUUCAGGAAUUUCCAUAAAUCUCAUGGGCAAAAAACAUUUUCUUCAUCAAAUUAUUUAUUAAUUGGAGUUUACCUGAAAGGGGAAUGGAUCACUUAGCUGAGCAGUUGCCUCGAAUGGGGUUUUGGGAGCACAGAAUCUUUUCUGAUUAAAAACCAAAACCACUUUACCAAAAGAGUAAGAAGAUUACCUACAGACUGGGGAAAAGUUUUUAGCUAUGACAUUUCUGAUCAGCGUCUGAUCUCUAAAAUCUACAGGAUACUGCAAAAACUCAACUACAAAAAGACAUAACCCAAUUAAAAAUGGGCAAAGGAUAUGAACAGACACUUCACUAAAGAAGACAUUCAGGUAGCUGACAGAUACAUGAGGAAAUGCUCACAAUCAUUAGCCGUUAGAGAAAUGCAAAUCAAAACUACGAUGAGAUUCCAUCUCACUCCAACAAGGCUGCCAUUAAUCCAAAAAACACAAAAUAAUAAAUGUUGGAGAGGUUGUGGAGAGACUGGAACACUUCUGCACUGCUGCUGGGAAUGUCAAAUGGUAUAACCACUUUGGAAAUCGAUUUGGUGCUUCCUUAAAGAGCUAGAAAUAGAACUACCGUACGAUCCAGCAAUCCCACUCCUUGGAAUAUAUCGUAGAGAAAUAAGCGCCUUUACACAAACAGAUACAUGCCCACCCAUGUUCACUGCAGCAUUGUUUUACAACAGCAAAAAGAUGGAAGCAAUCAAGAUGCCCAUCAACGGAUGAAUGGAUAAAUAAAUUAUGGUAUGUUCACACAGUGGUAUACUAUGCAUUGAUAAAGAACAAUGAUGAAUCCGUGAAACAUUUCAUAACAUGGAGGAAUCUGGAAGGCAUUAUGCUGAGUGAAGUUAUUCAGUUGCAAAAGGGCAAAUAUUGUAUAAGACCACUAUUAUAAGAACUUGAGAAAUAGUUUAAACAGAGAAGAAAAUAUUCUUUGAUGGUUAUGAGAGCAGGGAGGGAGGGAGAGGGAUUUUCACUAAUUAGAUGGUAGAUAAGAGCUACUUUAGGUGAAGGGAAAGACACAGUAUAGGAGAGGUCAGCACAACUGGACUAAACCAAAUGCAGAGAAGUUUCCUGAAUAAACUGAACGCUUUGAAGGCAAGCGUAGCAGGGGCAGGGGUUUGGGGACCAUGGUUUUAGGGGACAUCCAAGUCAAUUGGCAUAAUAAAAUCUAUUAAAAAAACUUUCUGCAUCCCACUUUGGAGUCCAGGGUCUUAAACGCUAGCAACCGGCCAUCUAAGAUGCAUCAAUUGGUCUCAACCCACCUGGAGCAAAGGAGAAUGAAGAACACCAAAGACACAAGGUAAUUACGAGCCCAAGAGACAGAAAGGGCCACAUGAACCAGAGACUACAUCAGCCUGGGACCAGAACUAGAUGGUACCUGGCUAUAACCGAUGACUGUCCUGUCAGGGAACACAACAGAGAACCCCUGAGGGAGCAGGAGAGUAGUGGGAUGCAGACCCCAAAUUCUCAUAAAAAGACCAGACUUAAAGGUCUGACUGAGACUGGAAGGACCCCAGGGGUCAUGGUCCCCAGACCUUCUGUUAGCCCAAGACAGGAGCCAUUCCCAAAGCCAACUCUUCAGACGGGCUGGGCUGGACUGGACUAUGGGAUAGAAAAUGAUACGGGUGAUGAGUGAGCUUGGGUCAAGUAGACACAUAAGAAUAUCUGGGCAGCUCCUGUCUGCAGAGGAGAUGAGAGGGCAGAGGAGGGCAGAAGAUGGCUGAAUGGACACAAAAAUAGUGGAGGGAAGGAGUGUGCUGUCUCAUUAGAGGAGGGCAACUAGGAAUAUAUAACCAAAAACCCACUGCCGUCGAGUCGACUCCGACUCACAGUGACCCUAUAGGAUGGAGUAGAACUGCCCGGUAGCGUUUCUAAGGAGCGCCUGGCGGAUUCGAACUGCCGACUUCUUGGUUAGCAGCCGUAGCACUUAACCACUACGCCACCAGGGUUUCCAGGAGUAUAUAGCAAAGUGUGUAAAAGUUUUUGUAUGAGAGACUGCCUUGGUUUGUAAACUUCCACUUAAAGCACAAUAAAAAUUAAAAAAAAGAAAACCAAACUCAUUGCCGUUGAGUAGAUUCCGACUUACAGUGAUGCCAAAGAACAGAGUAGAACUGCCUGCCCCUCGUAGGAUUUCCAAGGAACACCUGGUGGAUUUGAAUUGCUGACCUUUGGUUAACAGACAUAGCUCUUAACCCCUAUGCCACCAGGGUUUCCUUUUUCAGACUAAAACCCAACCCAGCGCCAGGCUAGGUGCAUUGAUAUAGCUGAGUAACACUUCCAGCUCUGGUCACUAGGUGGCGCAUCCCCAGCAUGUUUGCUUCACCGUUUAUUUCAGAAACAGGCAGUCUUAACUUUCCUAGAAACUUGUCACAGAGCGUAGGCAGUGCUUCAUGAUGGCAGUAGCCCA